UCUGACUUAUAACCUGCGCAUCUCUCUGGUUCCAACCCUCGUCGAGACGAGGCGCGCUGGAUGCGUGUACUGCUAUGCCUCGACAACGCACCAAUCCUGCUCCUUACCCUUGCACCGCCUGUGAUGAACGUUUCACUCGCCUGGAACAUCUGCGCCGCCAUGCCGUAUCGAUCCACAGUAGCGGUGACCGUCCGAAACCCUUUGGCUGCCAGAGCUGCGGCAAACGGUUCUGGAGGAGAGACAUCUUGCUUCGCCACCAGCAAGCUUACGAAGCCGCUGAUGAGGCUCACAUGUCUGCAUCGAACAACCCCCAAGCCACCCGGCGAGCUUGUCAGAACUGUAAUGAUCUGAAGCUGAAAUGUACUGGUGGUCCGACCUGCGAGAGGUGUACCAGUCUCGGCCGCAGUUGCAAGUAUGCGCUUGAUCGCCGUCAGAAACUGAUCAAGAAACGGGCAAAUGCAGUCGGAGAGGGCGCUUUUCCUUCACACUCCACUGAAAGCACAGCGAGUGGGCCCAUACUCACGCUUGACUCUACAUCCGAUCGGGCAUAUCAAAAGAACAUAGCAGGCUUGUAUCAUGGCUUGCCCUUGCUCGAUGCAGGCUCGCCGAACCAGCGGAGUAAGAGGGGUCGCUACGUAUCACACGCAUGCACCUUCUGUCAAAAGCGCAAAGUGAAGUGUUCGGGCGAAAAUCCCUGCUUCAAUUGCCGCCAAGCCGAGGCGCAAUGUGUGUACAGCUUUAAAAAGAGGCGUCAGAGAAUCGAGCAUGUCCGCAACCCUAGCGAAAUACCAGAAAAAGCCGAUACACCACCUCCAUCUGCCACCAAUGCACCAAGCAACGAGACAGAUUUGGCUGAACAUAUGCGAAAGAUGCUGAACCGAGUUUCUGCCCUGGAAAACGAGUACAGUGGGCUCAAAGACCAAAUCAUCUCUUGCUCUGAGGCAGAGGAGAGCGGAUGGUCCUCCGGCGAUGACACAGACAAUUCAUCUAGCUAUUCCCGUCCAGGCACUAUCAGCGUAUUCAACGACAAACAGUUCCACGGAGCAACAUUUGUGUUCGCCCCGCUAAACCUUAUGAACGCUACCGUCGCUUUCGGAGACCAUCGCUCAAACUCAUCUAUGCAUAGAGAUAGCUCCCCACAGGUGAACCGGAUGUUUGCUCUCAAGCUGCCAACCUACCACCACCGGACUAUCCGAUAUUUAGAAAGAGAGACAAGACUAUACGACGUAACAAUUCUCAUCCGCUCAUUCGAGCUGUAUUUUGCAAGCCUGAACCAUCAUUGCCCAUUCCUGAACGAAAACGAAGUUCGGACGCAGUUUGACUGUUUCAUCCACGAUCCAGAUGACUUCCCCGAUCGGCCAAAAUUCCUGGCCAUGAUCAACCUCGUCUUCGCUGUUGUGAAAUUCCUCAACGAUUACUGCGCUGGGUCGGAUGGUGUGCCCGCUUUGGACGAGUUCUGCCGCGCUCAGAGCAUUCUGGAUCGGCUUGCCUGGCCGGGAAACGCUAAUUUACUGACAGUGCAAUGUCUGCUACUAAAGACGCUGUAUUUGCUGUACAUCGAGAACAUGGAUGCGGCAUGCGACACCAUGAGCCAGAUCGUACGCCUGUGUUUCAGGCUUCGACUGCAUGAUCAAUCAGCAUGGAUAAAUUGCACUCCCUUUGAAAUUGUCAUGCGCCAACGUAUCUUCUGGACCGUCUAUUUCUUGGAGCGGCACAUUUCAUUCAACACGGGAACUCCCUAUCUUCUGCGAGAAUCCGAAUUCGACGUUGACAUUCCAGCAAACGUUGAGGACAGACUCAUGUUCCCCGACAAACCAUUGCCUGUGGAAAACCCGCAGCGCUCAGCAAGCCCUUACUUGCGGUGUACGGUCAAAUGGGGGCGGCUUUGCGCUGAAAUUUGGGAUAUGAAGUUUGCGAAGAAGGCGCCGAAUAGCACGCUCAAUGCCGAGUUCAUUGCACUCACCGAUGCGCGAAUUCUCUAUGUAAUCAGCGCCUUCCCCGCACACCUUCGCUGGCAACCAAGUGAUGUCGGGCUGAACUGCGCUCCAAACCUUCCGGCUUAUAUUAUUCGUCAGAGAAUAGUUUUAUUCCUGCUAAUGAAUCAACUCCGAUUACUCUUGCGGCAAGAGAGUAUUCUGAAUCGCGGUUACAACCAGACAGUUGCAGACGAUUGUGUGGGUAUUGCAACCGGGUCCAUUGAAGCGUUAUAUGUCUACCACAAGCAGAAUGUCGAGCGGCGCAUUUCCCGCUUUUCAGCAGUUUUCUGGUCAAUCAGUCCCAUCCUGCAUCUUGCAUGCAUUAUCCUGCACACCGAGAACCCUCGGCCCACGCGCGGCAGAGCCAUCGAGGCAUUCAAGAAAGGCAUUUCCAUCCUCCUUGACAUGUGUCCAACGUUUACGCUGGCACGCCACACUAUGCUACGGCUUGACAACAUCAUCACGAAGACCGAACUAGCGAUCCAAGAAUUCAGUAGUAUUGACGCUUCCCAGGCGCGGACCUCCCAGGACCUCUCGCCGCCACAGCUCCAAAGUCUGCGGAAUUUCCAGUCGAUGGAAGCCUGGAGUUGGGACGAUGAGAUGUGCUUGAACGGAAGCGGCCUGGAUGAAGUUAACACCGGAUUCUGGGAAGGAAAUACGGUAGUAGAUGCUAUUUUGCGGGAAACACAGAAUAAAGACACCCCGUCUAGCAUUAAUGAUGACUUGCGCAAGCUUUUCGAGUUAAGCGCGACGCAAGGGACGUAGAGUUCGUUUCAUAUCUAAAGAACAUGCAAAAUAAUAAACUGCCAGUUAAAGCAUCCCUAACUGUAUUCUUAUUCGUUAUAGGUGUAACGGGUCGUCUCUUCUAUACUUUCCAAGUACUCUCACAAGGCAAGUACAGGUCGAGUCGUCGUCGGGGUGCGAUAGUCUUCAGGAGGAGAGGCAAAUCAAUCUUAGGCAUAAGACGGGGUUACUACAAUAGGUAUUGAGUUGAACACGAGGUUCCUAUCUACGAGAAUGAGUGUGCUUAAAUACAAAAGACAACUCCUAAAAAGUCUAUGGCUCGUUGGGUUCUUCCACGAGCCAGCACCGAACGGUUGCUGCUCGUUCGAUCCUUCCACGAGCUAGCACGUGACCUCUAGUCCCGUGACCUCGUAGCCAGGGGAGUCCAACACACCAAGGCAUUGUACCCUCGUGCCCCUGGGUCCUGUAUGCAGAUUACGUGU